GCCAGCAACCCCGAGACCUCUUUGCAAUCUCUAUUUCCUUUCUUUUCAAUCCUAAAAGGUGUUUCUACGCUCGUGGGCUUUGCCAAUCCCUUGAAAGUUAGAGACACGGCUACGAGCAGCAAGACUUCGACCACAUCUAUUCACAUCUCCCCGCACUACCACCCCGCCAUCAUGGGUCCGCCGAAAGUUUUACUGCAACUACUGUGUGCUGCCGGAGCGGCCAUGGCGCAAGCCAGCGUCAGUGACAAUGAACAGGUCUGGGUUGCCGUUGUCUUUGUUAAUCAUGGAGAGUCGACUCCAGCUCUCGUCGGUUCUUCGAGAAUUCUGACGCCUACGGGAGCCCAGCAGAUGCAAGCACAGGGUGACUUGUUCCGCAAACGAUACAUAACUUCCGGUGAUGGAGCCAACUCCAGUGCAACAGUCAUUCCCGAUAUGUCUAAGGUUGCCAUCGACAAUACUCAAGUUGGUGUAUCAUCUCUCAGCAAUAGUUGGGUCUCUGCGGGGGCAACCGCCUUCUUACAAGGUCUAUAUCCUCCGUCGUCUGGCGCCAUAGCGUCACCCGGCGGCAUUGACUUGGGUCACAAUCUUGCAGUGGCUGGCAACACAACCUCUUACCCUCUCAAUGGUUACCAAUAUCCUAACAUUAAGACAUAUGGCCUUGGAGAUGCAGGCUCCAUCUCCAUCGACGGAACCGAAAACUGCGCCGCCUGGCAAAACACCAUUAUUAAAAACGUCUCAGAUACUCUGAAGGGCUCUGGGGACUUGGACAAAAAGAACAAGUUCUACACAGAUCUCUUUUCGACAGCGCCUUUGCAAGGUACUCUGCCAAUCCAAGACGCGACAUAUUUAAAGGCACUCGAAAUAUUUGACUUUGUCAAGUACCAAUACUCAUACAACAAGACCGUACACGAUUCUCUCAAAGAUGCCGAUGCCACACUACAGACAUUGCAGACAAACGCCCACGAGUUCGAGCUACUUCAAGUCGAUGACUCCCGAGGCGGAACGGACGAUAUUUCUACGCUACACAACAUUCCCGGCCGAACAUUGAUACAGCAAAUCUCAAUUCAACUCUCCGACGUUGUCAAUAAUCAGUCGUCCGGCCGAAAACUAAAUUUCAUAUUUGGAUCUUCGCUUCCCAUGGCAUCCUUCUUCAGCAUUGCUGGCCUGUUGACUCGUCAAACUGAUUCCACACCUAUCGGGAGCUUCACUCGGCCCGGAGCCGCCAUUAUAUUCGAACUGGUUGGUAACAGUACGCAAGGCUCGAAGAGUAUGCCUUCUCCAGACCGCCUAAACCUCCGCUUCAGCUACCGUCCAGGAACGGGUGCCAAUGAUUCCAUCAGCGCCUAUCCGCUGUUUGGUUCCCCAGGAAACACAAUGCCAUAUGCUGCAUUCACCACCAAUGCCAAAAAGCUUGGAAAGAACUCUUCAGACUGGUGCCAGUUGUGCGGUUCUGCGCAAGGCAACCUUUUCUGUGGUGGCAACCAGGCCGGCAGUGCUCAGAUCACACCGUCUAACGGCGGUAUGAGCCCAGCUGUUUCAGGCAUUAUCGGUGCAAUUAUUAUGCUUGCCAUUACAGGACUCGCUGCUCUGGCGCUAUUCUUCUUGGGUGGCUUCCGCAUCAACCGUGCCCGCAAUGGCGAGAGAAGCAGCAAGUCAGGUGGCUUCAAGGGCGCUGAGAAGAUGGCUAGCGACACCGACGUCCGUCUUGGCAACCGUGGUACCCAAGAGGAGCGCAUUGGAAGCUGGGAAAUGGGUGGGCACGCGAACCAAAGCGAGUCGCAUGAUAUGGGCAUUGUGACAUCAGACUUCCUAAGAGCCGAUAGAAGACAUGAUGAUGAUGGUGCCAGUAGCAUUAACCAUGCUACGGCUGUUCAUGCUAGAGAGAGUGUUUAGCGAGUUUAGCCCAUUUGUUAUACCGGAACGAAUAUUGGAAACAUGCAUAUUGCCGAUAUGGACGCAGGAGUCUUGACUCGAUUUGCCAACAAGCUCAGGAGGGUUUGGUUGGCGGCAAAGACAUGAAGGCAUGAAUUUGAAUGAGAUUAAAUUUAGAUGCGUAUAGAAUUAAUGGUUCAGGAUUAUUAUAUUAUUCUUUUAGUUU